AUGGAGAGCUACCACGAAAUCUCGGCAUUAAUCUUCCUAAUCUCGAAAUUUUUUGUAUGUGUGGUAGCAACAAAAUUCACAGGAACUGUUCCCGCAUCGUUGUUAAAUUCUUCUAGAAUUCAGAUCCUUGAUUUUCCUUUUAAUGGUUUCACGGGGACACUCCCUGCUGAAAAUAUUGGAACCUUGCGAACCUUAGUUAGCCUAAACUUUGCUGAGAAUAGUUUGGGAAACAGGAAAACUGACGAUUUGAAUUUCCUCAGCUUCUUGGCUAAUUGUACUAGCCUAGAGACAUUGGAUCUUUCUAUCCCAGAUGGAAUUGGGAAGCUUCAAAAGUUAGUGGGACUGUUUUUGAAUGAUAACAAAUUUUCUGGACCAAUAGCGUCCUCUCUGGGUUUGAAGCCUCAAGCCCCUCUCCUGCUUCAAACCACCAUCUCUCCUCUGUUCUCUCCCUUCUUCCCUCUCUAUGCCUUCAAAGUAAACCAAACAGUCUCAAAGCCAUGGGACCAACACAAGACCGACGACAAUCUCCGUUACGUAGGUGGCCUCACACGUGUUCUCGCCGCUGAUGCCUCCAUUUCCUUUGCAGCAGCAAGGAGCUCUUUCUCUGUGAGCUCAUCAGUGACCCACUCUUAUUCCGCGGAUCUCUUUAAGGAAAAGCUUGAGAUUUGUCUUGACAAGGAAGAUGAAAUGGACUGUCUUGUGGCUGGAUCAAAUUUUCUGCUUAAGGCAGUUCACACCAAAGCAUUUACAUACAUGGAUGGUCAGAAGGAAUUUGUGCAGAUUGACCAUGAUGAUCUAUAUCCCUAUAUGCUUGUUAAUAUUGGUUCUGGUGUCAGUAUGAUCAAGGUAGAUGGACCUGGUAAGUUUGAGCAAGAGGAACCAAUGUUGGUGGCGACACCUUUUGGGUGUAUUUCCUUUGCCUUUGCGAUUGUAUCUGGUGAAACUAUGGACAAUUGGAGGUGGCAGCAAAGGAUAUCAAAUCUCUUUCCCUAUUUUGGGUAUAUUACUAAAGCUCCCAAUUAUUUAACUGGUUCGUUACUAAAUGAAGUGGGUGAUUUGGUAAAACUUGUGGAGCUGGAUGUAUCAGGAAAUAAGUUAUCAGGUGAAAUUCCAACAACUCUUGGCAGUUGUAUUAUGUUGAUGCGCCUGUAUUUGGAAGGUAAUGAAUUUGAAGGAACAAUUCCUCAAUCUCUUAAAAGCUUAAGAAGUUUGGAAGAAAUAUAUUCACGCAACAACUUAUCUGGGCAGAUUCCUAAAUUUCUAGAAAAUUUUACGUUUCUUAACCAUCUCAAUCUUUCUUAUAAUGAUUUUGAGGGUGAAUUGCCUAAAGAAGGGAUCUUUUCAAAUGCAAGUGGUCUCUCAGUUAUUGGAAACAAUAGGCUCUGCGGUGGCCUCCCCAGAAUUACUUCUGCAUGCAUGCUCCAUCAAAAAGUCCCAUUCAUCUCAACGACUACUUGCCCCGAAGAACUUGUUCAAUCAACUGGCGGGUUCUCUGUGGACAACCUGAUUGGUUCGGGAAGUUUUGGUUCUGUAUACAAAGGAGUACUUCCUACCGAUGGGAGGGUAGUUGCUGUUAAGGGUAAUGACUUCAAGAGUCUAAUUUUCGAGUUCAUGGCAAAUGGAAGUCUAGACUCAUGGUUGCAUCCAAGAGAUGAUGAUGAAUCUCAAAGUAAGAGAUUGAGCCUUAUCCAAAGGCUCAAUAUUGCAAUUGAUGUUGCUUCUGCAUUAGAUUAUCUCCACCAACAUUGUGAAACAACCAUUGUUCAUUGUGAUCUAAAGCCAAGCAAUGUUCUUCUUGGUGAUGAUAUGGUAGCCCAUGUUGGUGACUUUGGUUUAGCAAGGUUCCUCUUGAAGCAUCAGAUAGUUCCCUCCCAAAGUCAAACCAUUUCUGCUGGGCUAAGGGGUUCCAUCGGUUACAUUCCUCCGGAGUAUGGCAUGGGAGGCCAAGUUUCCAUCUUGGGAGAUACUUAUAGCUUUGGAAUACUAUUGCUAGAAAUGUUCACAGGAAAAAGACCUACAGAUGACAUGUUCACAGAAGGUCUAAGCAUUCACCAAUUCGCAGCCAUGGCAAUGCCUGACCAUGCCAUUGAUGUAAUUGAUCCUUCAUUGCUCAUUGUAAGAGAUGAUGCAGAUGGUGAUUAUGAAAUAUACAACAAUGACAUACGAGCAAGGCCAGUUAGAAGUUAUCAUGAUGGCAGCCCUGUCCUUGCAACAAGAUUGGAGGAGUGUUUGGUUUCGGUAAUGGAGAUAGGACUCUCAUGCUCUGCAAUAUUACCAUCUGAGCGGAUACAAAUGGAUGUUGUUGUGAACAAAAUGAAGGCAGCUAGAGACUCAUAUCUCAAUUGA